AUGGAGUACCGCGGCCGGUUACUCGGGCUGCAAGACUCCGACUUUGUCGCGAUAUCCCAUGAAAACACUGACACCGCAACCCAAGGAAAGCGAGGAACCUUUCUCGUCCUCGACGACCUCCUAACAACCGCCGAAAUCGCGCAACUCCUAGCAGAAGCCAGCGCGCAGAGAUUCGGCCAACCGCACAACAAACACGGCGAGUUCAUCGACGACGCAUCCCUGCGCAACGACGUCGCCGUAACAAUCAGAUGGGAAAGCGUCGCCCAACUCCUCUGGCCCCGCAUACAAUCGUUCCUCCCCGACCACUCAUUACGCCGGUUCGGCAGACGAGGAAGCCUAAACCCUCGUCUCCGGUUCAGCAAGUACGGCCCCGGUGGCAAGUUCCGCUGCCACUACGACUCCCCAUUCAUCGACCCGGACGACCCGCACAAUGUGAGCCAGUACACUUUAUUGGUGUACUUAACCGAAGUCGCUGAGGGCGGCGAGACCCGGUUUGUCGAUGCCGAGCAUACGCCGCCGCUUGUUCUGGAUGUCAAGCCGAAGGCGGGGAGAGCUGUGGUGUUUGACUAUAAUGUCAUGCACUGUGGGAGGGAGGUUGUGGCUGGGGAGAAGGUUGUGAUGAAGGCCGAUGUCAUGGUGGAGAAUACGAGGGCGAAGUUGCCGCCGGGGGCGUUGGAUUAA